AUGUCGCCUGGACAUGCAGCCAGCUAUCGCGCCCAGCGCCGUUGGGAUGCCGACACACUCGUCGCGCCUGACUGGCUCAACAAUGGGGAUAACGCCUGGCAGUUGACGGCUGCGACCCUCGUCGGACUCCAAUCCGUCCCAGGCCUGAUGGUCAUGUACGCAGGAUUGGUGAAAAAGAAGUGGGCCAUCAACUCAGCGUUUAUGGUCCUGUACGCCUUUGCCGCGGUCCUCAUUUGUUGGGUGGUUUAUGCAUACCGAGCGGCCUUUGGCAAGCAGAUGUUGCCAUUCGUUGGUGUGCCUGGCCCUGCUGUCGAAAUGAACUACGAAUUGAAGCAAGCGUACUUGCCAGAGGCCGGACUCUCGGCAGCAUAUCCAAUGAGCACCAUGGUAUACUUCCAGUUCGUCUUCGCGGCCAUCACCCUUGUUCUUAUCGCAGGGGCAGCCCUGGCAAGAAUGAACUUCCUGGCAUGGAUGGCUUUUGUGCCACUUUGGCUGACUCUCAGCUACGUUGUGGGCGCAUUCAGCAUCUGGGGAGGUGGCUUCUUGUUCGACAUGGGCGUGUUGGAUUAUUCGGGAGGGUAUGUCAUUCACGUCUCAUCCGGCACAGCGGGAUGGGUCCUGGCAUAUUGGGUUGGCCCUAGACAUCCUCGCGACCGCACCGAAUUUCACCCGAACAACGUUCUGCUGGCCCUUGUCGGUGUUGGGCUCCUCUGGCUAGGUUGGAAUGGUUUCAACGGUGGUGAUCCUUAUACUGCUUCGCCCGAUGCCGGUGCUGCCGUGCUCAAUACCAACGUGUGCACGGCAAUGAGCAUGUUAUCCUGGACCAUUAUGGAUCUCGUAUUUUUCAAGAAACCAGCCGUCAUCGGAGCCAUUCAAGGCAUCAUCACUGGCCUGGUUGCCAUCACGCCUGCCGCCGGGUUCGUCGCAGGGUGGGGUGCCAUUAUCAUUGGGAUUUGUUCUGGUGUGAUCCCUUGGAUGUCGAUGAACAUCCUCGGCAAGCAGAAGUGGUUCCUCGAAUUUUCUGAUGACGUGGUGGGAGAUUUCCAUACACACUUGGUUGGCGGCGUUGUCGGAGGAUUCUUGACUGGGCUCUUUGCUACUUCCGAAGGCACUGCCGCCUUUGCCCUUGCUCCUUCCGGUGGUGCAAUUGAUGGGAACGGACGACAAGUUUGGGUCCAGAUUGUCGGCUUCCUCUUCGUCAUCGGAUGGAAUCUCUUCUGGACCAGCGCCAUCUGUCUAUUCAUCAAAUACGUCUUGAGAAUCCCUCUGAGGUACAACGAGGACCAGCUUCUGAUUGGUGAUGGUGAGGUCCAUGGUGAACUCCCGUACGCCUUCUUCCACGACGGACGACAUGAGUACGAUGCCCAUUAUGGCAAGCCGAACGAAGACGUGGAGAAACGUGCGGGAGUGUUGCAUGGCGUGGAUGCCGCAGGACAUCUCGACAGUUCGGAGGCCGAAGCAGCAAGUGGUAGCGGCAGCGCCAGUGGGAAUGGGACGAGCAAAGCCACAAAGCAGGCAUAG